CUGAAGGGGUAGAUAUUUGUAGAAUUGGGAGACAAUGGCACCUGAGGACACCUGUGAGUGAACUCAGCUGGGUGUAAUUAUCCCAGGUGACAAUUACUCAGGUGAUAAAUACAGGUAAACUCCCCAGGUAAGUCAGCAGUCCCAGCCAUGACUCUGUCUGAAGAACAGCUGGCUUUUGUCCUACAGGAGGGCAUGGUCCCCCAACAACAGAUGCCGGGGAGAGGGAAGAAGAGGGUGAGGGAGUCGGAGGGAGACACCAAUAAAGUGGUCAGCAAGAAGCACAAGAUUGCCCACCCCUCCCACCCUGAUGUGACCGUGACUGGUGUGGUUCUGGCCUGUGGGGAGGGAGACGUUGGUCAGUUAGGGCUAGGACCCGAUGUCAUGGAGAAGAGUCGCCCCGCCCUGGUCAACAUAGACGACCAGAAGAUCGUGUCGGCAGUAGCAGGGGGCAUGCACACUGUAUGUCUGACCAACAAGGGAGAGGUGUACACCUUUGGCUGUAAUGAUGAGGGGGCUUUGGGAAGGAAUACAUCAGAAGAAGGCUCAGAGACCCUCCCUAGUAAGGUUGACCUCCUGGGGCGGGGCAUCCAACUGUCGGCGGGAGAUAGCCACACCGCUGUGCUGACCGAUGAAGGAAAAGUGUUUGCCUGGGGAAACUUCAGGGAUGCCAAUGGAAAGAUAGGCCUGACAUCAGAUGGCAUUCAGGAGAAACCAAUCGAGAUGUUGCCAGGGGAAACCGUCAUCAAGAUUGCCUCUGGGGGUGACCAUCUUCUGUGUCUGACUGAGAAAGGCGAAAUCUACUCAUGUGGAUGUGCAGAGCAGGGGCAGCUGGGACGAGUGGCAGAAUGUUUUUCUGUGCGAGGAGGAAGGAAAGGUUUAGACUACAUUUUAAAACCUGCCAUCAUUCGAUGUCUUCGACACAAGUCCAAAAAAAGAGUGGUGUUUGAUGACGUGUACGCUGGACAGUACAUGUCUUAUGCUCGGGAGAAAGACACAGGCUCAAUCUAUGCUUGGGGGCUCAAUAACUACUAUCAGCUGGGCACCAAUGAUCUUGAGAAUAAGUUUGUGCCGGUUUACGUGAAGGCGAUGUCGGAGGAUGUAAAGGUGACGAUGGUGGAUGCUGGACAACACCAUGCCAUCUGUCUGGACACUGCAGGUAAGGUGUACACAGUUGGGAGAGGAGAAUAUGGUCGCCUCGGACACGGAGAUUCCAACGAGGAGAAGAGAGUUCCUGCUGUCCUUGACCUUCCUCCAUGUAAACAGGUGGCGGCCGGUCAAGCAGUGUCUUAUGCGGUCACUAACUCGGGUGAAAUCUAUGCUUGGGGGAUGGGAACUAGUCAACAGCUUGGCUCGGGUGAUGACGAGGACGUUACUACACCUCAGCUAAUGACAGGAAAACAGCUACAGACCAGGAAGGUGAUAGCAGUGAGUGGAGGGGGACAACACACAGUCUUACUGGCCACAGACACACCCUCCUGAUGACCCCGCAGUCAUUACUAUAGCAACCGGCAGGAAAUGGCUGGAUCGUAAUAGUGCAGCAAAUGUGUCUUAUGUCAAGGCAUUCUGAUCUAAUCAUCUUGUCAAUGAUUCUUUACUCAUAACAACAAAGACUUUCUGCACUGUGCAAUAGGUUGAAACAUUAUCUAGUUAAAAAACAAAACAAAGAUUAGAAAUAAUUUUGAUAAAGAGUGCAAAUGACUUACAGAAUAUGUCAUGUGCAUUGAAGAUAACUUAUUGUAUUGAUGACAGAAUUAUGGAUAAUAGAUACUCGUGUAGUAAAGAUAUAACAGUCCAGAAUAAUUUGAUUAGAUACCGAUUAGAAUGAACUGUUUGAUUAGAUACCGGUUAGAAUGAACUGUAGUUUUCUGUGAGAUGGUACUAAAAAUGUACUUUUUUAAUUGAACCUUAAUUUUAUCUUGAUAUGUUAUAUCCAUGCAUUUUUAUGUGAAUAAAGUUUUAAUGACAAC